AUGCGUUCAUCCGGCCUUACUACCAUCGUCUGUCUCGCAGUAGCGGUGAUUGCCUCGCCGACACCCAUUGACCCGGAUUCCCUGCAAGCGCGUGACGGCUGGUCGCCGCCGGUCCGCCGCGACGUCUUCACGAAGCGGACCCCUGAGCCCGAGCCGGAGGCUGCUCCUGAGCUGUUCAGCUUUGGCAAGCGUUCGCCGUUUGCGCUUCCCAACGUACUCCCUCGCGAUGGCCAGGAGGGUACCGUCACCCUCGGCAAGCGUACGUCGGACGGUGGUGGCCGCCUCCCGUUCUUCUUCAAGCGUGACGGCAAACUCAGCGCGCGUGACAUCGAGGCGAUGCAGGCGCGCAAGGCCGAGAUCGAGAAGCGUGAGGCCGAGCUCGUCGCGCGUGAGCUUGAGGAGCUCGCUAGGCGUGAAGCUGAGGAGCUUGCCAAGCGUGAGGCCGAGGAGUUCGCCAGGCGUGAAGCCGAGGAGCUCCAGGCGCGCGAGGCCAGCUCGCUCAAGAAGCGCGAGGCGUUUGAGGAGAUCGAGGCGCGCCAGGCGGAGCUCGAGCUUGCCAAGCGGGAGUACGAGGAGGCGGCCAGGCGCGAGUAUGAGGAAGUGCAGCUGCGCGACUCUCUUGCUCAGUUCGGUAUGCGCGACAUUGAGGCGCGCGAGCCGCUCAGCUUCACCGUUACGAUCCAGGCGCGCGACGUCGAUGACGGGGCUUCGUACCUUGCCAAGCGUGCUCCGCAAUUCAACAUUGCCAGCUUGAUCAGCCAGCUUACUGGCAACGCGACCGCGAAUGGCGGCGCGGGUGGCGGGGCCAACGCUAACACCGGUCUCGGUCGCCUCAGUGCGCUCACUAACGGCCGCCUCGGCAACCUCUUUGGUGGUGGUGGCACCACCGGUGGCAACACUGGCCUCAGCCGCCUGGGCAACCUCGGCAGCGCGCUCAACCGCUUCGGCUUCAACUUCCGUCGUGAGGAGGAGCUCGCCCGCGAGCUUGCUGGACGUGAGGCGUCGCCCUUCCCCUUCAGCUUCAAGGAUGACUCGUUCACGCGCCGCGAGCCGUUUGACUUUGACUCGUUCGUGAAGGCCAAGCGCUGGAACUGA